UCUUUUAUUGCUAUGGGAAGGCUGAGUGUCCAGCAGUUUGUUACAUUCACCAGUGUAUACAUUGCUUACACACUGUAUGUUUACGUCAGACGAUCCUUCACUUACACCAUUCCAGUACUAGCCACAGAGGGAAAUUUUGAUGAAAAACAGCUAGGUAUUAUAGUCAGCAGCCAGUCACUUGCCUACACAAUCAGUAAGUUCUGUUGUGGAGUCCUUGGGGAUAUAUUUAGCCCACAACUUCUACUGUCCUCAGGACUUGUGUGUUCUGGAAUUACUGCCAUCAUAUUCACAGGCUGUGAUUCUGUGUUCUUCCUCAGUCUCUGGUGGUUCCUGAAUGGUUUGACACAUGGACCAGGCUGGACAUCCAUUGCUAAAAUACUGAAAGCAUGGGCGAGCCCUGACCAGUUUGGUACAGUGUGGAGUGUAGUGUCCACCUCUAUGAACCUUGCUGGAACAGUAGGACCUGUAGUAACCACUCUUCUAGUCACAAAACUGGGGUGGAGAUGGGGGAUCCAAAUUGCAGGGGCAACAUCAAUUGUUGUUGGCUUUUUUUGUUUCAUGGUUGUGAAGGACAAGCCUCCUUCUGAUGUUAGCUACAAAAAGCAAGACAAAGACAAUAUUGAGAAGGAAGUCAAGAGGUCGGAAUCUUAUAUUUCCCGUAAGGACUUAUUGUUUUUGCCUGGUUUCCUUGGAGUAUGCAUGUGUUACCUAGCAACAGCUAUUGUCCAGCAUAGUGUCUUACAAUGGUCCCAGCUAUUUAUGGUGCAGGAGAAACACCAAACUGUUUUCACAGGUAGUGGUUUUCUGAGUAGUGUAGAUAUUGGAGGAUUUGUUGGAUCAUUCACAGCAGGUUACCUGUCUGAUUACCUGGUAUCUAAGAACUCCACUAUACCCAGGCCUAUUAUAAGGAAAACUUUAGUGUUGUAUUUUGAAAUUCUUCUAGGAUGUGUUCUGUAUUUCUUCAUAGUCCAAAUAUGUGAAUCUUCUUCUAAAGUUAUUGUGACAAUAGUAGGAUUUCUAAUAGGAUUGAGUAUUUAUGGACCAAUAUCUUUGUUUGGAGUCAUUGCUAUGGAAACUGCUCCUGAUGGAAUUGCUGGGACUGCACAUGCAAUUGCAUGUAUAUUUUCUAAUAUUGGUCUCAUGUUAGCUGGGUUUCCAUUGAGUUAUGUAGCCAGUCUUGUAGAUUGGCAAACAGCUUUUCUCCUUGUGGGUUCCCUAGUCAUCACCAUGGUUACCUAUCUUCUCUUAAAACUCCAGACAGAGUUAUCAGCCUUUAAAUCUGCCUCAGGAAAAACGCUCAAUAUAUACAAUGUCUUGGUUAGUUGAUGAUAUUUAAGGGCCUAUACAAUACGUAAUUUUUUUAAUGAUUACAAUAUCCAUGAUGUCAUAUGAAAUAAUUUUUUGUUUGAAGGUCCUGUAUAUGCAUCUCUGAGAAAACAACAUACAUUACUUGUAAAUUACAUGUAUUAUAAAUUAAUCUCCAUAUACAUCUAUAUAAAAAAAACUUUCUCAUCUGCUCAAUUUUCAUAAUGGUGGUGCUUUGGUUGGGAUAGGAAAACUUAAACAUUUCACUAUGUUAAGGAGUAACAAUUAAUUGUGUAAUACUUCAAAACUGUUAUUAUUCUUUUAAUUAGAAUUAUUUCAAGGGUUGUGUUACUAUGGACAAUUUCAUAUUAUAUAUUUACAUGUAUCUAAUACGUGUGGUGGAAACUACCCAUUAGAUAAACCUAUGCUUUAUCAAUGGGUUACUUUAUCAAUAGCACUUUCGGUUUCGACACAGUCCCUCACUUCAAGAUUUAGAUUUAAUGAAACUUCUAUUUGUGAAAGCAAAAAUGUUCGUUAAAAACAAGAAAAGACUCGUUUUACCUCAAUGAAAUGUCUUCUUUUUUUUAAACUGGCUACAGUGAUAAUGGAUGUUAACCCCCCCCCCCCCCCCCCCCCCUUGUUCUCAUAGAAAACGUUAGGCCUAGCAGUGAAAUUGGAGGUGCAAAAUUCAUUUGACCAUGCAGGAAGCUCCUCUAGCCUCUUUCAACAAUGCUUUCUUACAUUAUACUAUAUAACUUACCAUGGAUCUACAAGUAGCCCAGCACUGUCGCCAUACACAGAAUGAUUUUCAGAGCAGAAUUCAUGAUGUCUUGGUCCUUACAAAACUGUACUACUUCUAGUCAAAAGUUUGUAUAAAACGAAUCUCCAACAGAUUGUCACAUAUAUUUUAAAGGAAGCAGCAACUAUCAUUCCAAGAUUUCAUAUUUUGUAUCUACAAAUAACUUUCUUUUGGCAUGUCAACGUCAACAGUGUGAUGUCAUCAAUUUACGCAUCAUUGAUUUGGGUAGAAAUCAAUCAACAUAGUUUCACAGGGGUUAUCUCAAAGCUUUGUUAAAAAUGAAAAUCGUAUGAGAUAAAUAGAACAUCUAUAAUUGUGUGAUUUGAUAUUUGUUUUAUCCAGCUUGUUGAAAUUCUUGCAAAUAUACACCAUUUCAACUCGUUGGAUAAAGCAAAUAUGAAAUCACACAAUAUAGAUAUCCUCUCUCUCUCUCUCUUUAUAUAUAUAUACUGUAUUUGCUGGUGGAGUUGGAAGAAUGGACAUUUAGGGUCCCAUACUCCAAAACCUCCUAUGUGUUCACAGUUAUGUUUAUUUUGUGUAUACUAUUGGCUAUGACUCUCAGUUAUUCAGUAAAGAUGUAUAAAAAUAAUACAGCAGGUUUGGUGUUUGUACAGCCAGUACUUGUCUUCACAUUUGAAAUGAAGUAGAAAUGAAAAAUAAGAAUAACAACCCAAAUGGUCUAAGUAAUUACAAAGGGACAAAAUACAGAUGUACAUAAGGGAGACUCCAGUAUGGAGAAGAAUUUAGUUAGCAAGGCCAGCUGUCUCUACCGGUCUGUCCAUUGUAUGGCUUUGUAUUUGAGCAAGUAGAAAAGGAACUGUCAAAUACAUGUAACUUAUUGCCAAAAUAUAAACAAAAAUAUAAAGUCCAAAUACCAUGUGGGUAAUUUAUGUCAGGAGCAAAAUUCAACGAUAACAAAAAAUAAAAGGAAAAACCUGAUCUACUACAUUCCUCCCCAAGAAAGACAAAUGCUAUACAUUUGAUUAACUUCAAAAUAAGACACUCCUUCACUUCAAAUAGACUAUUUGGGUAGGAUUUAUAUAGGAUUUACAGGCUUUUUGUGCAUCAUAUUGCAUUUGUAUUGUUAUACUGGUAAUAAAAAUAUAAAGUCUUGUGAAUCUUAUUUUCAUUUCUACUUCAUUUCAAAUUCCAAAUAUAUUUAAGGUAAAAGUCAUCCACAAACGAAAAUAAAACCAAUGCAAAGUAUACUUGCUUUAUGAACACCAGACCUGCUACAUCAUUUGUAUGUAUUAAAACAUAUUUCCCAUACAAUUUACGUCAAACUGUGAGAGUUUCUUUUAUAAAAUAUAUUUUUGUUAUAAAUAAAUAUAUACAGAAAAUGGAUAUUAUUU